AUGCGCCUGCUCAUGUUGCUGGACAAGGCAUAUCUGCUCUUCAGCACCACCUUCAACACUCUGUGUGUUGGUGCCGCUCUUGUCUGGCUCACAUACCGCGCCUAUCUAGUUAUUCAUAAGCCUUUGGACGAACUCGUUGGCCUUCUCGGUUGCGAAAUUCCUCAGGAUCCUCAUGUCGACCUCGCUGGUAUCAAGGCCGAUGGCUUCGUCCUGCACUGGAAGCCUGCAGACGAGCGCAAAUCUAUGCAUCGCUAUGAAAUUCAACUCAACGGCUCUAUAAUCGGUCACGUCUCGCAUUCCAACACUUCCAUCGUCAUCUCCAAUCUGCGCCCCAACCAACUGUACAUUGUGCGCAUCAUCACCGUCAACGCUGUCGAUUUUCGCGCCGCCAGCAGUCCCAUCCGCCUUUGUACAAAGUCGCCCGAUUCUCAAGAUUUCUUCGACCCACCCAACGGUACCCUGUCAUCUUCUUCUGGCCCCGUCAUACGUCCGCUGCACGUCUUUCCGCCAGAUGUUUCGGCUGUUCCCGCUACACCGCCGCCCCUUGUUCGAGAGACAAGCAACGGUCCCCUCCAAGCCAAGAAAAGUCUUUUCGCCAGACGCCCAUCGCCCUUGCCUGGUCUGGACACACAGCUUUCCUCUUUCGACGAGGCCAAUGAUCAGGAUGGUCCAGGAGACAACCAACAGGCUCUAACCGAAAAACUAGACGAGAUUGGUCGCGAAACGGCCGAAAUAGAGAAGCAGAUUCAAGAUGAGGAACAAGAAGCUAUAGCAGCCAAAGCCAGUCUGGUCAAGGAGCGUGAUGAACUAAGAGGUGAGCUGAAAGAGAAGGAUGACACUAGCAGGGAUCUUCGAAAACAAGUCAACACUUUGGAACGGAACAACCAAGCCGCUCAGAACAAGAAGAACGCUCAGGAAAGAGCCCUUCAGCAGAAACAGAACGAGAGACAAAAACUCAAGGACGAUGCUGCAAGAUGGCAGAAAGAGAUGGCGCAGAUGCAGGAUGACAUGGGCAGCAUUGCAGAGCAGAAAAAGACAUUACUUGAAGAGACGGAGCGCGAAAAGGUCGAGCUGAUGGAAAAGCAGGCCCAAGAGUUGCAGACACUCAAGAGCAUGGAAGAUGAGAACAAGGAAGUUGGUGGCCAGAUCAAAAAACUCGAGAGAGACACGACAGACUCGCCCAGUGGAUCCGAGCCCAACGAUCACAAUGAUGCUCUUGCUGCUCAAGAGGCUGAGGAAGAUCGUGCGUGGGCCGAUAAGCUUAGAAGACUGGAAGAACAGUAUGUGAUUGCGCACCAAAACAUGGACGCCGCACGCCGCUUCUUCGACACUGCCUACAGCCAACUGGCCAUGGUCAAACAACGCCAGUCCGAGCUUAACCAGAUGGCUUCGGCUGUUCCGCCUAUCUUCGAUCAACCCAUUUCGCGUGCUAGCAGUCUGCGCCAAAGACGUCCUCCAAGCGGCCCUUCUGCAAACAACUCGACCGCUUCUCCUUUCGCUCCUUCCGCUGCGCCUGCAUUCAGCAGUGCUCUGGCUACUUCUGGCCCAACGACCAUUUCUCCAAGCUUCACCACCUCAGCAUCUUCCUUUUUCAAUAUAAACAACGGCAUGACCUUGGACCGUCCCAUGAAUGACUUUUCUCCUGCAGAAAUCGACAAGCUGACCGGAGGUGCACCCAUGAGUCCGAGUGCAGGUGCUGAGCUCUUGCCUGCAGACUUACUUAGUAAUGCUGACGAAGAUCCACCUGAUCGCUUCCUUGGUCCAGCCGCUCAUAUUCAUGCAAAGGAUGAUGGCGAUACAGGUUCUGAGGGUAGACAAGCCUCAAACCAUAUGUUACCUGGUCUUGGUGUUCUUCCAGGUCUAGGUGCUCUUCCUGGUCUAGGUGCUUCAAGGGCUUUUGAUCAACCGCCAGGCCCGACAAGCCCAAAUUCUGCCAGUAGCAGAUCGCCCAGCCUAUUUGCCAGCCCACGUGCUAGUGCAAGUAAUCUGAUGUUCAACUCUCCUGAUGUAAACUUGGACAGUGACCGCCGCUCCAUCAGAUCUAGCACAUCUGGUCGCGCAGCAAGCGGCAGUGCACCUCACACCAGUGGUAGUCGUUUCGGUCAGAUUUUGGGUCUCGACAAGCUGAAUCGUCAGCGCGGUAAGACAUUGUCCGAGCAAGGUCCAGCUCUAGGUUCUCUGAGCAAGUCGCAAAGUCAAUCGCUACCACGUAAUGAUGAGGCAGACGAGAUUACAGGAUCAGGGCGCCGUAGAAACAGCAGUCAUUCCGGUAACUUUUUCGGCAUCAACUUGGGAAGAACCACAGGCCACACCAAGAACAUUGGAGCUGAAAGCUUGCCCAGCCAGAAACAUAUUGCGGUACGCAGAAGGCCCUUCAACAUGUUUGGAUCCAAGACAGAUGGAUGGGCUGCAAUUUUGGGCCAGGACAGAGCGGCUGCUCUGAACGAAAGAUCAAAUCUUCUCAGCAACUUAGGCAAAGAUGACGGCAGAUCGUCACCACGUCCUAUUUCUGUCCACUCCAAUGAGCUGCCUCGGCCUUCCCAGGAUAAUGCUUCGUGGGGACUUUGGUCAGCGAACGAGCCUUUCAAUCAAAGGAGUAGCCCACUCAGUUCUGACUGGAUGGCUGCUCCGGCAGUGACACACAACAUGUGGGGUUCUAGACAACCGUCGAGACGUCCCUCAAUUCAGCAUGGGCAGUCUGGUGGUAGCCUGUCUUAUGACAUGCUUGAUGAAGGCAUCGACAGCAACAGCACGUAUGCAUUCAGCCCACCACAGGCAACAGUCAAUCUGGCGCCCAUUGGCACGAAGCCAGCUCAUAUGCUGAAGCGCAACGUUCCUGACCCCAAGCUCAACCCAGCAGCCAAAGACUUCCGCUCCCUCUUCUCGCGUCCGAGCUCCACAUCCUCAGACGUUGAGGACGAGGAAGACGACAAGAUCAAUUUGAUCGGGGCAACGCCGCUCACCUCCCCUUCAAAGGCUCCUCAUCAGCCUCUUCCUCAGACUGUAGACCCAGAAUCUUCACCAGAGAUUGGUCGCCAGUCUAGAGAUGCUCAUUCGAUCAACACUGCGUCCUCGGUUCUUUCUGACUCUCGCGAUAGCCUUGACCGCAGCGUCAGCUACACAGCCUCCGACUCUGCACCUUCAACCUCCGUCACUUCCAACAAAAGUUCCUCGCUCAUGUCGAAACUUACCCGCAAGCACAGCAGUGGCAAGUUCCAGUUCCCGACCUUCUCUCGCUCGACCACCGAGAAGAGUAAACGUGAGUCGACCCAACUCCUUGAUGUUGAAGAUGAAGACAUCAUGACCAAGAGCAUGGAGAGCGAUAAAGGAAAAGGCAGUGUCAGAUCUUGGAGUAGUGUGUUUGGUGUAGGCAAGAAGAAGGAUAAAGUUCCGCAGACGCCCAAAGAGGAGACGCCUAGUUUGUCUGGAGCCAGUCGUGCUAGUACAGACCAUGGUGAGGAGGAUUAG